CAGCAGUAAGACAUUUAAAACAUAAACAUCCGGAAGCCAUCAAAAGAACAUGGGAGAACCUGGGAAAAGUAUUGCAACCCAUGGGGUGACAUGCUUUUCAAAAAUGAAGAUUUUUCUGUUGGCAUUAACAGUGGCAUACAUAGUCAAAUCAAUAUCAGCAAAUUAUAUGAUUUCCAUGCUCACACAUAUAGAGAGGCAAUUCAAUAUCCCCACAUCUGUAGUUGGACUUAUCAAUGGGAGUUUUGAGACUGGAAACCUUUUGUUGAUUGUAUUCGUGAGUUAUUUUGGAACAAAACUGCACAGGCCUAUCAUGAUUGGUGCUGGUUGUGUGCUUAUGGGCCUAGGGUGUUUCUUAAUAUCACUACCUCAUUUCCUGAUGGGACGAUACGAAUAUGAGAAAAUGAUCUCACCUUCAAGUAACUUGUCUUCAAACAGCUUCUUGUGUUUGGGAAACAGGAGUCAGAACUUGGCACCAACACCAGACCCAGAAGAUUGUGAAAAAGAAAUUAAAUCCUUAAUGUGGAUAUAUGUACUGGUAGGAAAUCUUAUUCGUGGAAUUGGUGAAACUCCCAUCAUGCCCUUGGGCAUUUCCUACAUAGAAGAUUUUGUCAAAUCUGAAAACUCCCCUUUAUAUAUUGGGAUGGCUCAGAAAAGUUGGAAGAUGCUGUUGGUGGAAUCAAAGAAACCAGGGAUUUUAGAAGCAGGAAACAUUGUUGGCCCUUUUUUUGGACUUUUGUUCGCAUCUUUCUGUGCAAACAUCUAUGUAGACAUUGGGUCUGUGAAUACAGAUGACUUGACCAUAACUCCCACUGAUACACGCUGGGUCGGUGCUUGGUGGCUCGGCUUUUUGAUCUGUGCAGGAGUGAAUGUUCUGAUCAGCAUCCCCUUUUUCUUUCUUCCCAACACUCUCCCAAAGGAAGAACUAGAGGAUAAUGCAGAUGUGACUAACAGCAACAAAGAAGAGAAACACCAAGGAAAAGCCAAAAAGGAAAAACGUGGAAUCACUAAAGAUUUCUUGCCAUUCAUGAAGAGCCUCUUCUGCAACCCAAUUUAUGUGCUUUUUGUCCUUGUAAGUGUGCUUCAGAUCAGUUCAUAUGCCAUAGUAUUUGUCUUCAUGCCUAAAUACCUGGAACAACAAUUUGGAAAAUCAACUGCAGAGAUAGUAUUUCUCAUGGGUAUUUAUAACUUACCUCCAAUAGUUUUUGGAUAUUUAAUUGGCGGUUUUGUUAUGAAAAAGUUCAAGUUUACUGUCAAGAAAGCUGCAUACGUAGCUUUUUGCUUAUCGCUGACUGAGUGGGUUUUAUUUUUCUUAAACUUUCUGUGGACCUGUGAUAAUUUCCCAGUUGCUGGCUUAACUACAUCUUAUGAGCAUGAACGAAUUCAGCAGCCAAUAUAUGUGGAGAAUAAGAUUCUUGCUAACUGCAACACGAGGUGUAACUGUUUAACCAACACAUGGGAUCCAGUGUGUGGAGACAAUGGAAUAGCAUACAUGUCAGCCUGCCUUGCAGGCUGUGAGAAAUCUGUUGGAACAGGAAUUAACAUGGUGUAUCAAAAUUGCAGCUGCAUUCAGUCUUCAGGAAACUCAUCUGCAGUUCUUGGGCUUUGUCAAAAAGGCCCUGACUGUACUAUAAAGCUGCAGUACUUUUUCAUCAGGGCAGUAAUUGGCAGUUUCUUCAAUGCUCUAGCAGCAAUUCCUGGGUAUAUGGUUCUUCUGAGGUGUAUCAAGUCUGAAGAGAAGUCUCUUGGAGUUGGAUUACAUGCAUUUUUCAUAAAAGCAUUUGCGGGCAUUCCAGUACCUAUUUACUUUGGUGCCUUGGUAGACAGAACUUGUUUACACUGGGGAACUCGGAAAUGUGGGAAGGCAGGGGCUUGCAGGAUUCAUGAUACAAAUAACUUCAGAAACAUUUUCCUCGGGUUGCCAGCAGCAUUAAGAGGAUCAAGCUUCCUCCCAGCAAUCUGCAUUCUAAUACUUUUGAGGAAGUUCCAACUUCCUGAGGAAACUGAGUCUUCAGAGACUGAACUUGCUGAGAUGAAGCUCACAGAGAAGGAAAGCGAGUGCAUGGAUGUGCACAGAAGUCCUGAGUCUGAGAAUGACAGAGAACUGAAAACGAGGCUGUAAUAAAAUUUCUGUUGAUCUAUGCAAGUGCA